CGUCUGAGCUCUGGUUGAUCAAGUAUUAUUUCCUUAGCUCCUUUUUACACCUCUGUACAAGAGUGUAUGUUAGUGUCAUGUGGCUUGCUAUAGCAGCAAAUCAAUUUGCUUUCUAUGACAGCCACACCUACAAGGUUCACAUUCCCAAGCAGCUGUCAAGCACUAGUUUAAUCUGUGACUUGUGCAGAAAGGAGGAGUAAAACUAACACAAAGAGACCCAUCACAUGACUGUAGAGGUGCAAAACACCAGAGCAGACAGGAAACCGUCAAUGCUGUCAGUUGUGAUAAGGUAUGUGGCUGUUGGCUUUCAAACACCACUCAUUAUAUUUGAAACUGCAACCCGGAUCCACAUCAGAAGAAGUAAUUAGCACUAAUCUCCACUUAAGGCACAGCAGGAGUUCUUAUUUUUGGUCAGCAUGCAGGGAAAUACCUGCUGGGUGGGACGAGUUUGUCAGGUAUACUGCCAUCGUAUUAUGAGGAUUUAAACACACGAGGAGAAAUGUUUGCUCUUCUCUGCAGCAGCUAAAACACCACUGGAGGACAGGGGACGCGUGUAAACAUGAGCUCUCAGGAUGACUUGUCUCACGAGUGGAUGGAUGGUUGCAUCAAACCCAGAGAUGAUUGGACGACAAGGAAAGAGAGAACCAGUUUGGGAGAGUACAACCAACUGCCUCUGCAAGACAGUAUGGAGGCAUCAGCCUCGGACACUGCACAGCUCUUCCCUGUCAUGGAGACCAAACUGUACAAGCGACGAUGGGUGAUGCUUUUCCUCUUCAGCGCCUACUCCAUGAGCAACGCCUUCAUGUGGCUGCAGUACAGCAUCAUCAGCAACAUCUUCAUUCGCUUCUACAACAUCAGUAGCCUGGCCAUCGACUGGCUUUCCAUGAUCUACUUCCUCACCUACAUCCCCCUCAUCCUCCCGGUCAUGUGGCUGCUCGACAACCGGGGCAUGAGAGACGUGGUGGUGGUGGGCUCGGCCUUCAACUGCAUCGGGGCUUGGAUCAAGACGGGCACAGCCCACCCAAGCACGUUUGCCAUGACCUUCUUUGGACAGUUUGUGUGCUCUGUGGCGACUGUAUAUAUCCUGGGAAUCCCGUCCAGGCUGGCGUCCCUGUGGUUUGGGCAGCACGAGGUGUCGACCGCCUGUUCCAUUGGAGUUCUGGGAAACCAGAUGGGUAUUGCCAUCGGGUUCCUGGUCCCGCCCAUUCUUGUGCCUAACGUGGACGAUAUGGAUGAGUUAGCGGACCACAUCAGAAUUAUGUUCUACAUCAGUGCUGGAGUGGCCACCCUCAUCUUUGUCCUCGUCAUCAUCGUGUUUCAGGACCGACCAGAGAUCCCCCCCACUCAGGCCCAGGCUCAGGCCAGGAACAUCCCCCCUGACGAGUACUCCUAUACUGCUUCUAUCCUGAGACUGCUGCGAAACAAACCCUUCAUGCUCCUGGUGGUCAGCUAUGGGCUGAACGUUGGCUGCUUCUAUGCCGUUUCCACGCUUUUGAAUCGGAUGAUCAUUGAACACUAUCCUGGAGAAGAGGUGAAUGCUGGGAGAAUCGGUCUGACUAUAGUCAUUGCUGGCAUGGUGGGGUCCCUCAUAUGUGGCAUUUGGCUGGACAAGACCAAAACCUACAAACAAACCACCUUGGGCAUUUACCUCCUCUCUCUGAUCGGGAUGCUGGUCUACGCCUUCACCCUCAACCUGGGUCACUUGUGGUUGGUGUUCGUCAUGGCUGGACUUUUAGGCUUCUUCAUGACAGGGUAUCUCCCUCUGGGCUUUGAGUUUGCAGUAGAGCUCACCUAUCCAGAAUCAGAAGGAACGUCAUCAGGACUCCUCAACUGUUCAGCUCAGAUCUUUGGAAUCGUUUUCACCAUUGCCCAGGGGAAGAUUAUCGAUGCAUGGGGCACUUUGGCAGGAAACAUCUUCCUUUGCAUCUUUCUGCUAAUAGGAUCAGUAAUGACAGGAUUCAUCAAAUCUGACCUCAGACGACAGAAGGCCAACAUGCAGGUUGAGGUGCAGACAGCGAGCACAAAAACAGCUGAUGUAGAGGGAGGCACCUCACCAUCUGUAAUCCUGAAUGAGAAGAAGCUUUGAGGACUACCUCUGCACUGAUAAAAUCAUCAGAAACACUGACAUACAAACACGCGCACAAGAGGAAGCUGCCAUGAAGAGUGAGACUGAGUUCAUACUGAGCAGCAAUCUGUGAGGCUUUCUAGUACUGUACAAUACAUCGCUUUGGCUUCAACACCAGAGAGAUGGACUGAUAUCCCAAGCGCAUCUUAACACAUCCAAAAGCAAGCACAAACCAAUCAUGCACAAGGGGAACACACUCAGAACUACAUUUAUUUUAAAACAACAUGUUUAGUAAAAGUUAGUGUUAUUAUUUUUAUUUAAUGUGUUUCACAUUUUUAGUGCAGUGCAGCUGUUUUUAUUGUCACUCCACAAUCACAACGCUCUUGGACUUCUUAGUCUGUUUUUUCCACUCUCCCUCUGUUCAUCAUCAUUAUUAUUAUUAUUAUUAUUAAUAUAGAGUUAAGGACUCUAAUAAGCAAUAUUCACACUGUUAGUGCUUCCUCAUCGUGGACCAAUAUUCUGUGUAGCUGUACUGUCUUUGCAUUGCUUCAAUGAAAUGCAGACUGUGAUGUGUUUUCCUACCAUGGUUUUCAUGCUCAGGAUCACAUGGAAGUUUUACCUUUGAUACUGCUGAUAAUAAAUAGGAUUGAUGCUGUGCAUCGGAUCACACUUUGGAGGAUCAGUUUGUCAGGAACUGAAUGAGAAAAUCUGAAAGUUACCUGGAUCAACACACACCAUUAAGCAUAUCAGAAUAGCAGAAAACAUGAUUGAAAGAUCAGGCAGAUCAUGCUUGGAUCAUCAUUUUGCACAUUAUGUUUUUAUGUGUAAUCUGUUUAGGUGGUGAAGUUGUUACUGAGAAAUGUACUUCAUACUGUGUUCAUGUUGAUGUAUUAUGGUUAGUUCCUGUUUUUAAUGAUUUUUAUGUGAUUUUAAAAGGUUCUCGUUCUUUAA